UCUGAAGCUUUGCCUGCAGCUCAUCAGACUUCAGAUGAGCAUGAAGAUCUUCUUUGCCCUCCUCCUGCUGCCGAUCCUCUGUGCAGGUCGGCAAGAGAUUUUCAAGGACAAACCGAUCAGACCAGGCCCAUCUUUGAGUUUUGAGGACAAGCACAUCAACCCGCGCAUGAGGCCUGAGCAGUGCACCGACGUGAUCCAGCAAAGACACAUUUUUAAAGAUUGUGUUAAAAAAACUUGCAGGGAAACCCAAUCGUUCAUUCGAGCCACGAUGAAGGACAUGAAGAAAAUCUGUGACAGACAGAAGGGACCCACUACGAGCAAGAGGAAGUUCUCUGUUGUUGUCUGCUGCCUUCAAGGCGAAAAGAAGGAACCGUGUAAAUACACCGCAGGGAAGGUACGAAAGCAGAAAAUCAGAGUUAUCUGCAAAAACGGCCUCCCUGUGCACUAUGCGAGCAAGGAUGGAGACCUUUGCCCUCCUGUUUGAAACACAGAUGAUCGUCCUUCA